AUGGAGGGCAUUUUGGUAAUUUUAAUAUUUCGUUUCUUAAAUCCGGGCUUUCUCCUUCACAAAGCGUCUCGUAGAAAUCCAGUAACUAAAGAAAAGGAGAAAAUGGAAGAGAUGGGUUCGAAGACGAUCGCGCACGAAAUCGCAGGCAUACAAUCCGAUCCGCUUAGAUUCGGAUUGCAAGGCGUCAAGAGCGAAAUUAUCCAAUCUCAUCCUCUCCAACCCAUAUACGAAUCCGCAAAGCGGACAGAAGAGGAGACGAAACGGAUGAUUCUCUCCAACACCUACGGGUCGGCGCUCCCAUUGAAAUUAGAUCUCGAAAGGCAAAUCCUCUCGAGAUUCCAAAGGCCUCCAGGACCUUUGCCAUCCUCCAUGCUCGGUUUGGAAGCUCUCACUGGUAGUUUGGAUUGCUUUGGUUUUGAAGAUUACCUCAAUGACCCGCAAGACUCGGAGACAUUCCGGCCAGCAGACAUGCAUCAUGGGAUGGAAGUCCACCUCGGCCUCUCGAAAGGGCCGGUCUAUCCCACCUUCAUCUGAUAUAAUGCAGAAUUGGAGAAAUUUUUACAGCUUCAAUCUCCUCCAGACCAUACAGUAACAUAUGAUAUUAUUCUUAAUACUGCAGUUGUCGAUGUUGGACAUCAGUGUUGUUUAAUAUGUGUGCACUCCAGUCCUGGAGCGAUCAAAUUGCAUAAUUGAAAUCAGUAACUCAGCAUCCUCAAUUCCGAC